AUGAGUGGGGACGGAAGAUGUGUGGUAUCUGGAUCGUGGGACGGGAGCGUGCGGGUGUGGGACGUGGAGAGAGGGAUCACACUUCAUACUGGGAGGGAAGAGGAUUGGGAAGAAAUCAGGAGUCGGUUCCUGAAGACGGCAGGCUUGGGUACUGCUUCCCGCGCAGGACGAAGAUCAGAAAUAUUUUCAAGGGACGGAGGAAUUGUGCAAAGGCGAGAGGAUGGGUCUGUGGCUGUCUUGGCCCAGUUGGAGAGUGGCGUAGCAGACUUGCAGAUAGACCACGAUCACGGGGUCGCAGUUGCAGGGGCGGGCAAUCUGGUUGCUAUCAUGAAGCUAGUGGUGUAA